AGAGGCGUGGACGUAUGUAUCGCCGGAGCAGCGUUUAGAGAAUGAUCGGCAGCGCAAGGCUUGGGAGUCUGAAGAGCUGUAUGAUUUUCGACUUCGGAGUAGCCAGGACGAUAGCGUUGAGCCAUUUUCCCAGCCCAUGUCGUCUUCUCUGGCACGAAGUGGAUCACUGAUUGCGGGGCGCGAUUAUAUGACGUCGUCGGCCAUGCAGGAAGAGGGAGGUGCUUCAGAAAUUAGUAUUUUUGGAGCAGCAGGGCCAGCAGCAGAUGGAGCCUGGUCCUCAGCUCGAGAGAGGACCAGCACAGAAAUCGCAGCGCUUUUUUCACGAGAUGAGCAGAAAGAGAAGGCAGUCACGCUGUGCGUUGAUUUUGUCGUCAGGCAUUUUCGUGCGUUUUCUUCGCGUAAAGAGCUUGACGAUGCUUUGCUGAAGAAGAUGAGGAUGAUGGCAUACACAGACAUCUGGAUGAAAGCGCGCUGGAGUGAUCGUCUCCCAGCGGCCACGAGUCCUGUAUUCGACAAUGGGCAGAACCAGAACACUGCCACCGAAGAGGAGCAGCAUUACCGUGGCGGCGCGGGAAUAAUUGUCAGACACGAACCGGCGGCCGCAGAAGUUCAACGGACCGAUGAAACUUACGGGCCGCUUCGCACGUGGGACGUUUCGGAAGUGAGGGACCUUUCUUAUCUUUUCUCGCAGCAAGAACUUUUGGUGCCCGACGCCAACGGGGGCGUUGAAAUGUACACGCCUGAGUCUGGACAUAUGACACGCGCUCGGUUCGAUUUCCGCUUUAAAUCUUUGUAUGUGAGCGGGCUCGCGCGUGCGGCCCCGGAUAUUAGCGGCUGGCUGGUCUCCGGUGUGACGGACAUGAGCU